AUGGGUGAAGCAACCCAGUCUGAAGAAUUUUUUUUUGUGUGUGGGGGAAACCGGCUGUAGCGGACAUGUAGCUAGUGCAUUACAACCGCUCUGUGUUUGAAUCAAUCAUAAAUACUUUUUUCUUACUUGAGUGUAUUUUAUCCAGUAAAUUGACGUAAAAGGACGGGGUUGCUAAGUUGAUCGCGUUCUGUCACUGUUGCUAGUUCUUGUGCUAUGAUUAUCGGUUUAGCCAAUCUUCCUAGCUGCUGACAGUGGUCUGAAGGCUGCUGUUCUGUUGUGGUGGUGAGCUACCCGAAGAAGCGGCCCCGACCAUAACGUUAGCUAGCUGGCUUUAUCCAAGUGUCUGUUUGUCGACCUCCACGUAUCUGUUAGUCGACCACCUCGGCCAUUGCAUUGGAUUGUCUGCGCAUUGCUGGCUGGCUAGCUAGCUACCUAACGUUAGCUGGCUAAACAGAGCGGAAAGUCAUCUGUCAUAUGCAGAUAUGACAGCCAACUAGCUAGCUAGCCAGCUAACUUCGCUCUUUAUCCAUGGAAUACAAAUGGGUUUCUCUUUGGAGUAUGAACCUACGAUUGAUGGCGUGCCUUUGAGUCUACGGUAACCAACAAGAGUUGUAAUAAGAAAAGCAUCCAAUGCAAAAGUAUUGAAAGCAAACCUCCAUUAUGGAUUUCAGCAAAUCGUUGACCUUGUGGAUUGCAUGCUUAUGCCUCCUGAGGGAAAGCUGGACGGUACACGCCAGCUCAGACCACCAUCAUAUUGAUAAUGGUGUGUCAGAACUCUGUCGCAUCGAUGAGCCUCGGUGCUACGAUGAAAAUACCAUCCUCAGCUUCGAGGCCAUCCGCAGUAUCCACAAGCAGAUGGAUGACGAUGCUAAUGGCAAUGUGGAUGUGUCAGAGACGGAUGGGUUCCUGAGGGAGGACCUGAACUACCACGAUCCCAAAGCCAAGCACAACAGUUUCCACGGAGACGACCAGUUCAUCAGUGUGGAAGACCUGUGGAAUACCUGGAAGGGUUCUAAAGUGUACAACUGGACAGUGGACGAUGUGGUGUUGUGGCUCACCCACGUGGAGCUGCCGCAGUAUGUGGACGCCUUCCGCAAGAUGCACUUCAACGGUACCAUCAUGCCCAGGCUGGCUGUGAAGAACGCCACUCUGACAGUGUCCAUUCUGAAGAUGCUGGAUCGCAGCCAUGUUCAGAAGCUGCAGCUCAAGGCCUUGGACACUGUGCUGUUUGGAGCCCCACUCAUGAACACUCAUAACCACCUGAAGGACUUCAUGCUGGUGGUGUCCAUAGUGAUCGGCAUUGGAGGCUGCUGGUUCGCCUACAUCCAGAACCGUUACUCCAAGGACCACAUGAAGAAGAUGAUGACGGACCUGGAUGGCCUACAGAGGGCUGAGCAGAGCCUGCAUGAUCUGCAGAAAAAGCUGCAGAUAGCCCAGGAGGAGCACCGUACAGUGGAGGUGGAGAAGGUCAACCUGGAACAGAAGCUGAGGGAUGAGAUCAACUGUGCCAAGCAGGAGGCCCAGCGGCUGAAGGAGCUCCGCGAGGGCACCGAGAACGAGCUGAGUAGGCAGAAAUACGCCGAGGAGGAGCUGGACCAGGUGCGCAUGGCCCUGAAGAAAGCAGAGAAGGAGCUGGAGUCUCGCUGCAGCUGGUCCCCACCAGAGUCCCUCCAGAAGUGGCUCCAGCUCACCCAUGAGGUGGAGGUGCAGUACUACAACAUCAAGAAGCAGAACGCUGAGAAACAGCUACUGGUGGCUAAAGAAGGGGCAGAGAAGAUCAAGAAGAAGAGGAACACCAUAUUUGGGACCUUCCAUGUGGCACACAGCUCCUGUCUGGAUAAUGUGGAUCACCAAAUUCUGACAGCCAAACAAGCCCUGGGUGAGGUGACUGCUGCUCUGAGGGAGAGGCUGCACCGCUGGCAGCAGAUUGAGAUUCUGACGGGGUUCACCAUCGUCAACAACCCUGGGCUUACCUCCCUGGCCUCCACCCUGAACCUUGACCCCAGCAUCAUGGGUGGCCGGGCUACGCCCCAGCACUUCAUUAUGUCUGAUGACAUGGACGACAUGGACGAGGACAUCAUAUCGCCCGGAACUCUGCAAUCUCCCAGUAUGAUGUCCCUGCGUCAGCGCCACAUGGACUCCCAGCUGGCCAUGGGCUCUCAGAGGUUGGUAGAAACCUGCCUGUUGGUGGGGCAGCAGGGAGACGGCACCUCCUACCCAUCCAGGUCUAGGGCCACCCACCAACAGUCACACAACCAGUCCUUCCAACAGUUUGAGGCUCUCCCCCUGCCUCUCCUGUCCUCGGCUGUCUCGCACCCCUCGAUCAUCUGCUCCUCCCCACCUCCUCCUUACCGCCAGACCCACUCCUUCCACUCCUCCUCCUCCUCCUUACACGCCUCUGCUCCUCAUUCCUCCCAUUUCUAUCACUCGUCUUAUUUUCAGCCCAUGGACACCAUCCCAGACUUCCAGCGCAGCAGCAGCUUCGGGGAUCUGAACCGCUCAGACUCAGACUCCUCCCUGUCCCUCUCCCAAAUUGGUGAUCGUCUGUCCGCCUACAGCUCCAAGGGCCACCUGGUGAAACCCACCCCCUUCCUGUAUGGUCCCCCUGUCCGCUCCGCCUCUGACGAGCCCUCCCUGCAUGCCUACACACCUAAUGGAGGGAACCGUGUCCACGAGGGAGGAGCCCAGACCGAGCCAGUCCUCGAGAGCCCCAUCCUGAUGAAGAAGGUGUACAGCAUCGAGAAAUCAGCCAGCCUGGGAGAGAUGGACGUUGGCCUCAUCGGUAUGUCCAUGUCAGAGUCCUCCUGCUCCGUCAGCCUCAACUCCACCGACGCCGACACCCCUUCCCCCACGGGGGGCCAGCCUGGGGCAGCAGGGGCCAAGGGAAGCAGCCGCAUCCCUCAACUCUCCUCCAAGAAGAGCCCUCUGGAAGAAGACAGCGGCUCCACGGGAGAAGACACAGACUCCGUCGCCAGUCGUAAGAAACACACCUUCAAGAUCUUCAAAAAACAGAAGAAAUAAUGACAAGGGCUACUGAAGACUUUUAAAGAGCUAUUAAAGGUGUUUCACUUAUUAUUAUUUCUGUUUUGGAAAACUUGUUUUGGGUUGUUCACUGGUCACAAGCGAUGGUGCAAAUCUUUGCCUUUAGGGUUUUCUAGGUACUUUCUCUGAGGGACUGUGGGAGCAACCAGCUAUUCGAUGAUGUUUGCAAUGGGUGGUAUUGUAUAGUGGAAUGUAAGCACUAUUUAUUUUGCAGGAAAGUGUGCCAGUCGCUCAGAGGGAGAAAAGUAUCCUGGGUGGAUGUCUUCUGUUACUUACUUCAACCUGUAUCAGUCUGUUACUUACUUCAACCUGUAUCAGUCUGUUACUUACUUCAACCUGUAUCAGUCUGUUACUUACUUCAACCUGUAUCAGUCUGUUACUUACUUCAACCUGUAUCAGUUUGCAUGUCUUCACCUUUGUUUGACUGAUAUUUUCUGAUUUCUCUUAGGUGUGUGCUUGGUUCUUGUCCCUAUUCUGCUUAGACAACACUUAAAAACUCAGCUGUUUCUUGUCGUUAAUCCCCGACCACCUCCUUGUUAUGUGUCAGAUGGACAUUGAGCACUUAAUGCCAGUCAGUGUUGGUCAAUGGUGAGGGGAGGGGAGGGGGGGGCUGAAAAGGGCUGAACAAUACUUGCAAAAACUUCCCGAGUCAAUUGUGCUAACAAGAAAUCUAGCAGUCAAUGUUAUCACAACUCUUCCAGUACAGCUGCAGACACAGCAAGACACAAAGUAGGCAAACAUUUCCCUGGGAUGGUGCACCUUUAGAAGUGAAAGUGCUAACUGGAUUUAAACCCCUUGAAGACCCCAGCACAUACAAGGCCUGUGUAACUGCUUUGUGUAAUUGUCCCAAUCAUAGCCCUGAUCUAAGUUCCCUAAUAGAGGAGGAGGUUAUUAAAAUGACUACUUGAACUAUAUGAAUUUCGUAUCAAUGUAUGUUUAUUGAAGUAAACCUCUACAUUUGCAAAUUGCCAAUCAUAUCAAUCUGUGUUGUAAUUGUAGGAGAUAUCACGUGAAUCAUUAGGAGUGCUGGAGGAGACGCUAAUCUUUUUAAGUGCCAAAACAAAGACUCGGGUCCAGUGGCCUUUAUUCUUGUCAACAACUAUAUAUGUACUGUCCGUUGUAAGUUAGAGGCAGCUUUAGAAUGAGUAGCGCUGCCUUCUGUUUUUAUCUGGGGACUCCAAACUAAAAUCAGGUGAUCAAUUUGACAUUGUCACCCACAACAUUUCAAGCAGGGAGUUUAAGGCAGCAUUUGUAAUUCGAAGACUCCCAAGUUGUGUGUAGAGCAUUUUCAAGAGGUGUUUGCUACUUUAGCGUGUACUGUAGACUACCCUGAUCACCUAGAUUCACAUUAUACAGCUCCAAAGUCAAGCACACAGUAAUGGUAUAUACGUGUCACCAUUAUAAACUCACUUGCCAUUAUUGGUUUUGUGAAAGCACAAAUGGUUUAGAAACGGAUGUCACAAUGCAUUCUGGUAGUAGGGACUCUCCUAAUAACUUCCUAAACAAUUGACCCGCUCGACUGCUCCUGAAUCUGACCAAAGCUGUGCUGCUAACGACACCAUCGCCCCCCAUGGAGGCCUCACACAGUGAGAUGGAUGAGAAUGACAUUUCUUUCUUUCAUUGAUCAGUUGAAAACAUGAACUUCCUAUUGGUCAUUUUUAAAGUGUAGUUUGUACCUCUUCUGCACGAUGAAGCUGUAAUAUGGAUUAUGAUGUCUAUCAGUGAGUGUCUGUCUGUUGCCAGGAUACUGCACUGAGUUGUAUUGAUGCAUGUCAGCUACUGUAUUAACGUCUAUAAUGGGCUUGAGGCAGAGGUCAGCUCGAGCAUCAUCUCUGUCCACCUCUACUUAAACCCAGACUUCUCAUUUUGAGCUUCUAUUUAUGAAUACAUAUAUUUGUACAGAGAAAGACAAAUAUUUUGCAUCUUCUGUGGCGUUCUCUUGACUUUUAUGGCACUCCUGCAUGAUAGCAAUAAACUAUUUUGAAUGAAAGACAUGGACUGUGUUUAUCAGAUACGAAGAGGUCUUUGUUUGAGGGA